AUGAAAGAACUGGCCAAGAUAUAUUCUGCUGAGAUAAAGCAAAUAGAUUUGGAUGUGAACAGGACUUUUCGUAACCACAUCAUGUUCCGGGAGCGAUACGGAGUCAAACAGAGGGCGCUGUUUGAUGUCUUAUCGGCUUAUUCUGUCUACAACACGGAAGUCAGCUACUGCCAGGGGAUGAGUCAGAUUGCGGCGGUGCUGCUUAUGUAUCUGAAUGAAGAGGAUGCUUUCUGGGCACUGGCCCAGCUGCUGACCAAUCAGAGGCAUGCAAUGCACGGGUUCUUUAUUCCUGGUUUCCCAAAACUCCAGCGGUUUCAGAGUCACCACGAACAGAUUCUCAGCAAGGUGUUUCCGAAACUAAAGAAGCAUAUGGACAAAGAAGACAUGUCUACUGGGAUCUAUACCACCAAAUGGUUCCUGCAAUGCUUCUUAGAUCGGAUGAACAACAUUUUAAAAGAACUAACAUUGAAAAAGGACAAAUACUAA